AUGGGAGACUACGGCCCCGUGGUCCCGCCUACCCACUCCUCCCUGGUGGGCCAGCCCUCCCCGUCCCCGCAGGGUUCCAACGAGAUCUCCGUGCUUGUAACGGGAUUUGGCCCCUUCAAAACCAACCUUGUCAACGCUUCCUUUCUAAUCGCUUCCUCUCUUCCUCCUUCAUUCACCUUCUCAUGCAAAGACGCCGAUGAUUCAAAUGACGAGCGCCGCAUCUCCCUCCAUGUCCACCCAUCCCCCAUCCCCGUUGCAUACGCAACCGUCCUGGAAACUCUGCCCGUAAUCCUGGAAGAAUACGCAGCGGCCCACGACGGGCGACGUCCCGAUCUAAUCAUCCACAUCGGUAUCGCCUCGCCCCGGCCCUACUACUCGGUCGAAUCGCUCGCCCACCGCGACGACUACAACAUCACCGAUAUCGAGGGACGGAACGGGUACGAGGACGGCGAGAAAAGAUGGCGCGAGAUGGGUCUACCGCCCGUCCUAGUACCCGGCCUUGCAAGCGAAGAAGAUAUAAAGAGCGCCAGCCAGAUAUCGAACUCUCCCACAGCCACGGCUACCAGACUUUCCGUGCCCUACCCGCCAGACGAGCACUUCCUGCACGUAUGGAAGACUUUGGCCCCGGAGAACCUGGACCUGCGCGUCUCGCAGGACCCAGGACAUUAUCUGUGCGAUUUUAUUUUCUACACCAGUCUGUCGCUGGCGAAGAGGCAGGGCGCGGACCGGAACGUGCUCUUCUUACAUGUUCCCGGUAACGCGGAGGAUGCGGAUAUCGAGCGUGGUCGGAAUGUUGCGCUCGCGCUGAUUAAGGCUAUGGUUACAUGCUGGAUUGAUGAGAAGCGGAAGAGCUCUGCGUGA